AUGGAUCGUCAGCAGGAAAAUAAUGGGUUCGGUCCACUUUCAAAGCCUCGCGGAAAAGCCUCGCUUCUCGCUGCUUUGAUCGUGGUUUCUUUUUCUGUAGUUGUCCAUUUGAAGAUCGCCCAUUCUACCGGAAACCAACAGGGCAGAGACGAAUUCGUCUUUCUGCUCUUUAUCAGCGCUCUUUUAACUCUGAGUUUAGCCUUUAGCGAGGUGGUGCGUAGAGUCUGUCUGGGGAUUGAAGAGAUUCGACACAAGCAAACUCGAUAUGAAGGAAGUUGGAUGAAAGUUUUCAAUUCCACUUUCGCUUUCAAGUAUGGCCGCACUAUUCUGGUCGUUGGGGUUGCGUCUUUUCUGAUAGUGUCUUCUGCCUUGUACCGAGAUUGUGACACUUUCUGUCGUGCAGAAUAUGCGAUUUUUUUCUCAUUGAAUUGCUUCCUGGCCCCUCAGCUGUUGUUUCUUGUCGGUUUGCGAGAGCUUUCCAGCGUAGAAGUAUCGCAGAUCAACGAGAAGGAAAACAAAAAUGUGGCCGAUGGCCUUGCCUGGAGCUACUAUUUUGGCUACUUGAAGCUGGUGCUACCACAUCUUGAAGGACAGAUCGGAAAAUCAGAUUACAAGUACGAUAUUACAAAGAAAAAGCUCUUCAUAUUGCUUCCAAAAAACUGCUACACGUACGACAAGAUUGUGGAGGCCGACCCUAGAAUAAAAGUUGCAGGAAAUCUUGAUUCAUAUGACAUUAACAGAGGUGGCAUAUUGAAGCGAUCCUAUAAGCACACCGUACACCGAAUAGAAAUGCCACGCCCAGAUGGAGAGAUUGAUAAUUAUUAUGUGGUUCUGGAGUAUGCCACCCCCCUGAUGUCCCUGUACGAUAUGUCUGAGCAUGCAGAGUGUGGAUUGAGUCGCCAAGAGCGAGAUGAACAGGUAACUUAAUAAAAACAUACAAACAUUGUAAGUUAACCAAACAUUAUUUCAUAUAGCCUUUCCUUUCAUAGCAAAACGUAGCACCCUCCCCUGCCGCCAAUGGACCAUUCCGUUAGUAUUCAUAACCCCUCCCAUUAUUAAUGAGGUGCUUCUGGCCAUACCCCUGCAGAAAAUUUUUCCAGAGGUAAAAAUUAGCUUUAAUUCUUAGAAUCCCUCAGAAAAAGGAUUAUUUUUGUCACAUAUACCCCUGAGAAAAUAUGGCAAUGUUAUUGCUGUAAAACCUAUUUUGUGAAAGAGACAACUCCUCAUCAGAAGAAUUGUGCAAUGUAUUCACCAUUAAUGAAUGAUGUAACACUACUCUUGUCUCUCCAGAAAUUUAUUUUUGGUGUUUUCACUCUUCAGAAAUUGACAUUUUUGAUAAUAAUUGAUCCCCUUCAUAGAAACAUCUCUCUGAGCACUGAUUAUAUCAGAAACCUCUCAGGUGACCCCAUCAGAAAACCUUUUCUACAGGGGGUGUGGAUAUAAUAUUAAAUGGAACAUGCAAUGCCCUACUCCAUGGUCUGUAUCACUAACUAUGCUCUCCUUAAGACCACUCCCCAGGUCUAAGUUACAUCCAGCAUUGUGAAAUGCCAUUUGAACUGUAACUUAAGCUUUGUGAUGAAAAGCUCUUGUAAACAACCAGUACUGUUAGCAACUCAGUGCAACCACUUUUGUUAUUAUCACCAGCUCGUCUUUUUCACUGUUUUUAAGUUCCAGAGGGCAACUAUACUCAGUCAGCUUGAAUAAAUGCAUUAACUUCUUGAUCAAAUCAAGGAUAAUAGUAAGGGUUAAAGGUUAAUCGUUAACUUCGGAUGUUUUGGUAAUUAUGACAAGACAAGCUCUUUGCUAAAUGUCUUAUAGGCAACCAUGCACCCUCAAUAAUUUUUAUAAUCUUACCAUUGCACCCUUCAUCUCAAAGUUAUAGUUUAUCUUAAUAAUUUGUAACUUGCUAUUUUUGUUGUUGUAGGUGGUGCUGUUUAUCCGCAAAUUAAGAGAAAUCUUAGACGGUUGUAAAGACUGUAAAGGGAAGUAUGUAUUAGUGCCGAUCUCAGGAGAAAGAGCUCCAAGGGAUGAUGGAGAUCAAAAUAGAAUUGCAGAUGUGUUGGUACGGAUGCACCAGGAUCCAAACUUUCAGAUGGAAGAUUAA